AUGGAAUCAAUAAAUGUCGAUGUUGAGGAUAUACCUCACGUAGGCGAACAUUUUGAAGACGCCGAUUCUGAUUCAUCAGACAUGUCAACUUCCGAUUCGAUAAUUAGUUCGUUCUUAAUCGGCGAUCCAAAAGCGACACAGGAAUGGACUGAAUUUGUUAAUGAUAUUAAGAAACAGUAUUUUGUAUAUGGAAUAAAACAUGAUGAUGAAGAAGAUGUUGAACCUGAAACGAUAUAUGACGAAGAUGUUAAAGACUGUGGCGGUGAUGACACUAUUUCUACACAUUGCAUUGAUGCUAUAAAUGCAGCUGAACGAAAUUUAUCAGAAGUAAAAUUAUUGUGGACACAUGCGUUGUGUCAAUACACAUUUAACAAGUAAGUGUUACUAAUUAUCUACAUAUAUAAUAAUAUAGUAUUUCUUAAAUAAAAAAACUAAAUAAAAACCUGUAUAGUUGAUUAUAAUUUUGUCUCCGAAAUGUAUAGGACUACCGCAACAGAAUCAUAUACUACAACGACAAGUAUUGAAAAAGUUAUACUUUUAUACGCCAAAAAUUUCAUUGAGCAAUUUAAGAUGAAAUAUCCGAAUAGGAAACAGCUCACUUUAAUACUUAGAAAUGAAUGUGGUAUACAGGUUUGAAUGGUUAAUAGUAUAUAUUUAGAGACAGUACCUAGGUACAUUGUAUAAUACGAUUGAUACAUACACUUACAGAAGUACCACACAAAUUCAAAAAUCUAUUUGUAUACUACAAACUAAUAAGUUUUUAAACGAAUCCAAGUUUAUAUUAUAAUAAUUAUAAAUGAGAUUAUUUUUAUAUUUAAAUUUUCAAGGGUGACAGUAAAUUAAAGAAUAGGCGUAUGAUUGAUUGUAGAAAAUAUUAUUAUAGAUAUCAACAUUAGUUAUGAUAUACCUAUUUGGUUUAUUAUGCAAAUCCCAUUGUUCAUAAUUUUUAAAAUGAUAUUAAAUAAAUUUUAGAAAUGUAUCUGCACUAUGAUCAAACCAUCGCGAUUAGUUUAUUGUGAGUUGAAUGAUUAUACCAGUUACAGUGAAUUUGUUGCUAAACAUAUUGAGUAUAUAAAUUUAGAAGAACCUACAACUGUGGUAUGUAGUAAUAUAUUUUAUUAUAAAUUAUUUUUUCAUUGUAAAAUGUAUUUUAACUAAAAAAUAUUUUGAUGUUGAACAUACAAGUGACCUAUUUGUCAUACGCCAGCGAUUUUAAGUGAAUUCUUCCCUACUAACCCAGUUUAAACUAUAAACUGUUAAUAAAUAGUAAAUGGCUCAUAUUAAUGUUAUGCAUAUAUAAAUGUGUACAUUUUCUGUUCGAAUCUAUGUUUAAAAUAAAAGUUUCUAUUUGAAAAUCAAUUAAGUUUAAUAUAGCAAUACCCAUGAUUUUACAAUAUUUAGAAAAAUUUAAUUUAUCCGUGUGCUCAAUAUAUCCCCCAGAAAAAUCCUAAACUAAUGGCAACUACUGAAAAUAAAAUAAAAUAUGAAAAACUACAUAAAUUUUUAAAAAUUAUUUUGAAUUUGUUAUUUCAUUUACGAACUUAAUCCGUAGAUAAGGAAUGCCCUAGUGUACCAUAUACUGUAUAUCCAUUUUUGGUAUUAUGUUAGGAUAACAAAUUGGAAAUAAUAUUUAAAUAAAGAUAAAAUAGUUCCAUAAGAAUUAAAAAAAAAACUAAACUCAAAUUCACUCUAUUGAUAAAAUCGUUGGUUUAUAAUAAAUCUGUAUGUGUAGUUAAAGCUAUUUAUAAUAAAACGAAAAUUAAAAAAAUCAAAUGGAUAUUCUUUGCAUAAUGUAAAGUAAACAAAUGUAUAAUUUCCUAGCCUAACAAAUUGUUUUCUCCUACGGUGACAUUAGAAACGCAAACGGCUAAUUGUUUUGAAUUAGCAACACUUUUAGUAUCGUUUUUAUUGGGUUGUCAAUACAAUGCUUUUGUCGUUCAAGGUUAUGCCUCUGAAUAUGUGUCUAAGAAUGAUCUAAGAAAAGUCAAGUUAGAUAUUCCAACAAAUGUAUGUAUAUUAUUAAAACGUUUUAUUAUAAUUUGUAUUUUGUUAAUAUUGUAUUAUAAUAAGUAUAUUUAUACGACGAACAACAGUAUAAAUUCAAAAAUAAUGAAGACAACAGUUUAGAUGACACUUAUGUUGUAGAACCACCUGUUUUUGAAUUAAGCAGUAAAUUUGCAACCUAUUUAAUUGACGAAAGUAACAAAACUGUUCAAAAUGAAGUAAAAGAGGUAGUAAACUAGGUAUUUAUAGUUCACAGUUUUGUAUUUGUUUUAAUUAGUACAACAUUUGAUUAUUUUAGGAAGUUUUGAGUGAUCUGUCAGAUCCUCUGUAUGGAAAACGAGUACAUUGCUGGGUCAUCGUCAUGCCAUUGGAAUUAAAAGAUGAAGAUAUGAUUAAAAAUUCAUAUUUUAUCGAACCGAGUACAGGUGAACGGGAAGAUAUUUCUAAUAAAAAUUACAUUGGAAUAGAAUCAAUUUGGAAUCAUACAAAUUAUUGGGUUAAUUUACAACCCUUGAAUGGAGGUUGUAUGGUGUGUAGCCCAUAUUGUCCGAGAUAUUAUAUAUAUAUAUAUAUAUGUAUGUGUGUGUAAUACUAAAUUUAAAAUGCACUUUAUAGCAGUACAAUUUUAAUCUGAUGAAUACAAGUUAUUGGUUAAAUUUUUUACAAAACAAACCUACAAGUGUACCAAAGUUAAUUAGUAAUGAUGACAAAGUGCCAAGAAAUAUCAUUAUGCCCAAUUCGUGGGUCAAUAUGUUACAAGUUCCUAGAGAUAGUAUGACGUGUUUAAUCAUUAAAAAAUGUAAAUUACCCAUUCUCGUUUUUAAAAUGUAUUUUCAGAAUAUCUUAUGUUAUAUCCAAAUGGUAAAAAAAUUGUGCUAUAUAUGAAUGCAAUCAAAGAGUAUUUUGCUGGGUUCAUUAGACCUGAUGGAUUGAUAGAAAAAACAACAUAUUAUACCAAAUCAGAUUAUAUGAAGAAAUUAUUUGUUAAUAAAAUAUACAAACACAGAACAGACAAUUUGAUCGCUAUUGAGAAAAAUUAUACCAGCAAAGGGAUUGAAACCAUUGAGUAUUUUGAAAGUGGCCGAAAAGAUUGUUUAAAAGGUACUGAAAUCUAAAAAUAUGGAAAAUAAUUUUAAAUUUAUAUUUAAAUUUUUUUUUUAUAGUGCAUAAGUUUUGUGGUGAAAGUAGUGAUAUAGAAACUAAACGCCUGAUUACAUUUUAUAACGUAAGACUUGACUCAAUAGUCUCAUUGAAAAUUGAUGAAAAUUAUUUUAUAGCUUUAUUCAAAGAUAGGUGAGUAUUAUAGGUAGGCAUUAUUUAAUAUCGUAUCUAUAUUUACAACGAAAUAAAUUUGAAACCGUACAGUUUUGUAAAAUCAUUAAUACAUAUAUUUGUUCACUUAUUAAAAUGUCUAAAAUAGCCAAUUUGUAAAAUAUAUUAAUCUAAAAACUUAAAUAUAUCAUACAUGCAUAUCCGGUCAAAUGUUUCUAAGUAAUAGCCGCUAUAAUAUCUAAAUAAAUGUGUGAAAAACGAAGCUACUAUGUUACGCAAUAGUGAAUCAUAGUCAUACACAAGAUAAGAAACGUUGAAAUUAAAACGUCUAUUAUUAUGAAACUGUUGAUCGGAUAUGAUUGUAUGACACACUCAAAUUUUUAGAAUAAUAUAUUUUAAAAAAUGACUAUUUUGAAAAUUUUAAAAAAUGAAAAUAACAACUUAAUUUUUCUCUGCAUUUUUAUCGUCCUGACACAAAAUCCGAUUGAAAAAAAAAUAUAAUAUUGAAAUUAGCAUUCAGAUAACACUGUAGGACACUGCAUAAAUUUGUGUAAUGUUCAUUAUUUUAGAUCAGAUUUAUUAUUCUGGCGUAUGUGUGAAUUUUAUUAUUCAGACGACAGUCGAACCUUCAAUGUGAAAAGGAAACCUAUGGUAAGUUUAAAUUAUUUUUAAUAGAUACUACAACUUAUAGUACCUAUCUCAUACCUGUAUUAUUUCGAAAAAAUUAACUUUAGAUUUUUAUAUCAUUUGACUGGAAUAAGCACCUGUCACCUCAAACUUUUUACACAAAACAUAAUUUAAUAAAAUCUAUGUUAAAUAAAAAUAAAUUUUACUUAUUAGAUUUGUUUAUAAAAUAUUAAACUGGUUAAUGUUCAAAAAUGUAUAAAAUCUUUUACUGUAAAUUUUUUACCGUAAUAUGUGAAGUAAAAUAUUACAUAAUUAUUAAAUUAAAAUUACUAAUCUGAAUUAAUAUUUAGUUAAACUAUAUUGCCGAUAUUUAAAUUAUGUACCAUUCAAUAUGUUGGUGUUAUUUUAUAUUAAUUUAUCAAUAAAUUAUGUUGCAGAGAAUAAAAGAAAAAUACUUAAGAGAUGAAUCAAAACAUAAAGAUCAUGACAUUGCUACCCGAAAUUUUGAUUUGAUUGUAAACGAAAUUUAUGUUAUAUAUCAAUAUGGUGAAGGACAGAUAACUCAAUCAAGUAGAUUAUUUAAUAAACCCUCAAGAACAAGUAGCGAUCAGUUCGAUCCAACAUCAGUCAUCGAAGAUCUUGUUUGGCCAUAUGAAAAAUUUAUGAAACCCCAUGAAAAAUAUCUCCAGUUACAAGAUUUGAUAAAAGCCGAGAAUGAUGCAAUUCAUGACAUUUCAACAUUAGAAGAUGACGUUAUAAAAAUACUGGAAGUUCGUGAUCAUGAAAGAUUAGAGUUAAAGUUAAAAAUUGAUUUGUUAGACUGGGACCAAAAUCAUAAGAUGAGACAAUUAAUUCAAAAUAAAGUAUGUACCUAAUUAUAUUGUUAUAGUUGUAUACAAGGAAACUACAAAAUAAAAUUGUAUAGAAAGAUAAAAGAUUACGUUUGGCCAAACGAGGUAAAGCAAAACAAAUAGAUUACGUUUCACCGUACUUCGAAACCAAUAAACCACCGUACACAUAUAGUGAGUCUUUACAUGUGCGUAACAAAGUUCUAAGAGAUUAUAGACAAAACGCAAAAAAUCAGUUUCUACGAACUAAAAAAUUGUUUAAACAAGUACACUCUAAUACCCAAUAAAAUUACUUUUAAACGAUUGAUUAUUUUAUUAUUAUUUCUCUUAGAAACAAUUCGUAUUACAGUCUAUGAUAAAAGAACUGAACAAAAAUGAAUUUAAAGAUUCUGAAACCAAAAAAAAAUUAUUGACUUCGUGUUCAAUACAUAAUGUCGAACUAACCAAAUUGAUGUUGAAAAUGAAAAGACUCAAAGCAGAUUACGCUAAUAGAUACAAUGAUUUGGCAUUAUCUUUAAAUAAGAAUAUGAUUUUUUCAAUGUUAAAACCUUUAAAAUUAUUUGAUUUAUAG